AUGGUCAUGGAGAACGAACCAUCAGCAGUUCGUCUUCGACGCAAACUCACUGAAUUAUCAAAUGAGUAUUCAAAUGAGAAACAAAUUCAUACACGAAGUAAAUCCGCUAGUAGUCGAGCUACAACAUCAGAUCCAAAUGGUAGUCUUCGCUAUCGACGAAUGAGACGAAAAGUUGAUGCACUUCGUACACAAAUAGAUGCAGCUCUACAUGAUAAUUAUCUUACAGCUGCCGGAUUAACUUCUACUAAGGAUAUGAUUCCAACACGUGACGAUGAUACAACAUUAAAAAAGAAAAAUGACGAACAAAACCUUGUCACAAGUGAACUUAUUCAAGUACUAAAUAGUAAACAGACAAAAAUCGAUGAACUGGAACAACAAUUGAAGGACAUCGAACAACAAGAAUCGCAAUGGAAGACAAAAUACGAACGAGAAUGUCGUCGACGUGAAAUUUUACAACAAAAAUUAAUUGAACUUGAAAAAGAAUUACAAAAUCGACAACAUCAAUCAAAACUUCUUGGACAAUUACAAACUGAUAUUGAACAACUUCAUUUAGCUUUUAAUGCUCUUGAAACGGAAAAUUCUCAACUCAAUGCAGAAUUAGCUUUUGUUCGAAAUAAUCGUCCUUUAUCAGUUCGUCUUCCAUCUCAGCUUGAAUCAUUUCGACAUGGUUAG